UCAACGCGUUUUUUGCCUACCAAGAGAAGAAGCAGACGAAGACGGAACUGAGCUGAAUUCUGAGCGAACAGGCAUUUGGGUUCACCCACGGCUCAGGAAAAAGUCACUCGCUCAUACCACAAGAGUUUAAAAUACAAAUUUUGUUUUCGGCUUUUUUUUGGUUAUUUUUUUAUGCCAAUGUGUCAGGUAGUUGAAGCCUAUCAUGAUGAUUUGGAGCAGGAGGAGGCUCAAAGUCCAUUCGAUGAGAGUUCCACAGUGGGCUGCUGAAUUUUGCUUUCCCGAUAAAGUUUCUCAUGAUGACUGCUCGACUUCGCAGUGUGUCGAAGAACUGUGUGAAAUGCAAGGAGGCGAUUGCCGUUGUUGUCAUCAGAGCAGGGGACAAACACUGCAGGGACUGUUUUGAGCAAUACUUCCGUCACAAAUUCAGGGCUAUACUGGGAAAAAACAGAGUUGUUUUCCCUGGAGAAAAGGUGCUGCUGGCUGUAUCUGGAGGUUCUUCUUCUUCUUCAAUGCUCAGACAAGUCCAAGAGGGUUUGAGUCAGAAUGCGCACAAGAAAUUGAGAUUCAUGCCAGGAAUUGUCUACAUUGAUGAGGGUGGCGCUUUGGAUCAGUCUGUGGAGGAGAGACGGCAAACGGUGGCAAUGAUGGAAGAUAUGUUUAAAGCCACAGGAUUCCCUUUCUACAUCGUGCCUCUGGAAAAGGUUCUUGACCUCCCCAGUUCAGUUAUAGUGAUGGCUCCUUCUUCCUCACAGCAACAAGCAAGUUCCUACAAAUCAUCUUUGGAUCACUUCAUUCGCAGUAAUAGCGGAAGCUGUUUGACACCAGAGCAGAAGCAUGAAACUUCAUUGCCUUAUGCCCAGGAGUCCCAAACUCAGUUACUGCAACAGCUCAUCGACUGUUCUAAGACACUGACAGCCAAAGAAGAUAUACUGAGCAUGUUAAGACAGCAUCUGCUAGUGCACACUGCUCGUUGUGAAGGCUACAAUAAAUUGAUGUUCGGAGACAACUGCACCAGACUGGCUGUCAAACUUCUGAGUAGUAUCUCACUUGGCAGAGGAGCACAGCUUGCUCAAGACACGAGUUUCUCAGACUCUCGCUAUGGUGAUAUUAUAUCAUUGAGGCCAAUGAGGGACUACUCUUCAAAGGAAAUAGCCUACUAUCGCCAUAUCUUCAAUGUCCCUUCCGUUGUCACACCAAACCUGCACACCAAGAAUAAAGAAAAGGCCAGUAUACAGCGUCUGACAGAGAGCUUUGUCAAUAAGCUGCAAGUCGAUUUUCCAUCUACGGUGAGCACCAUCUACAGAACAAGUGAAAAGCUGCAAACAACUUGUAAGAGUACAUCUGCGAACCCUUGCGACAGAUGUUUGCUCUGUAUGUGUUCUCUGGAUACUACAGUUGAGAAUGCUUCGGCCUUCCAGGCCACUCGGAUCUCUGAACGCCUCUCCCAGUGCAAAUCUGUAGGUGCUAACAGUGAUUUGUUUCCCGGACAAAACACAGAAUUGAGAAGUCCUGGUACCAAUUGCUGUUCCAAGGGCCGAGGAGAGCAUUUUGAAAGAACUGUGGAAGACAGAGGCUGUUGUUCUAGUAUCAGGGUUCCAGACACAACUGAUAUGAGUGGCCUGCUGUGUUACAGUUGUCAGUUGACCAUGAAAGACAUGUCCUCAGUCGAAUGUCUCCCUCAAUACAUCUUGUCAGAGGCUCAGAUAAGGCAAAGGAGGUCUCGCAUGAAAGAGGAGAUCAGUGAUUUUCUGCUGGAUGAUUAGGAUGGAAAGGUUUUGACAAUACGGAAGUGGAGCUAAAUAAUUAUCUGCAGCAGGAACAUUUUCUGUCUGCAAGAGCAAUGUCUGUUUAUUUUGUACUCUACUGCAUGGAAUUUGUAAUGUUCAGUCUACCAGGCUGAUUAACACUUAAAUAAACAUACUCUCGUCCUAUA